AUGGCCAAGGAACGCAUCACUUCCGGAGGUGUAAUGGACGUGAACACUGCUUUACAAGAGGUGCUCAAGACCACCCUCAUCCACGACGGCCUGGCGCGUGUCAUCUGUGAAGCAGCUAAAGCCUUAGACAAUCGCCGAGCCCACCUCUGUGUGCUGCCAUCCAACUGUGAUGAGCCCAUGUAUGUCAAGUUGGUGGAGGUCCUGUGUGCCGAACACCAGAUCAACCUCAUUAUGGUUGAUGACAACAAGAAACUUGGGGAACAGGUAGGCCUCUGUAAAACUGACCAAGAGGGGAAAUCCCAAAAAGUAGGUUUAAAUAUAUUUAAAUAA